AAUAGGUCUUCUUCUCCAGUUCCAACUGCCGCCUCAGGUUAUCUCCAUAGAAUCAUCAGAUCAGAUUACGAUGGAUCAACCGGAGCUCCGCCGCGUAUUCGCGAUGUUCGAUAAGAACGGCGACGGGAAGAUCACGCGCACGGAGCUCAGCGAGUCGCUGGAUAAGCUCGGAAUCCACAUCGCGGAGAACGAGCUUAGCCAGAUGAUCGACAAGGUGGACACGAACGGUGACGGCUACGUGGACGUGGACGAGUUCGCGAUGCUGUACGCGGCGGUGAUGGAGGACGAGGGGAGGAGCGACGACGAUAGCGACAUGAGAGAGGCGUUCAACGUGUUCGACCAGAACGGCGACGGUUACAUCACGGUGGAUGAGCUGAGGGCGGUGCUGGCGUCGCUGGGGAUGAAGCAAGGGCGGACGCUGGAGGAGUGCAAGAGGAUGAUAAAGCAGGUCGACGUCGACGGCGACGGCAAGGUUAACUUCGACGAGUUUAAGCAGAUGAUGAAAGGCGGUGGAUUUGCCGCCCUAACCAGCUCUUAACUUAUAUUCGUCUCUUCUCCGAAAUCCGAAACCGCACCGCGCCGUCCACGUGAAUCUCUCAGGCUUUCUUUUUACUUUUUUUUUCUUCUUCUUCUUAUGUUCUGGAAAUGAAUAUCCUGUUUUAUUUUUAUAAUUCAUUUUCUGAUGUUUGGGUAAUUUGGUAAUUUCACCUAGGCUGUAUUUAUUGACUAAUUAUUAAUCACAUUAUUUGUUUACUUUA